GACACCAGGGAGUCCAAGCAACUUUGGAACGACGCUGGAUGUUCGUUGGAUUUUCCAAAUGAAGAUGGACAGGAAACUAGUGAAAUUUUGGUACACAGUUGCUUUCCACAAUGCUUCCUCCCUGGAUCCGGUGCCAACAUGGUGUCGCUCUGUACUGCCUGGCUGCCUCACCAGCAAAUCGUCCCGUCCCUGUAGAGCGCAACUUGGGUACCGAAGGCCGGCGAUUGGGCAGAAAUUGGCGCUCGGCGCAGACGCGCGUGAGGGCAAUGCAGCCUGGCCGUGGCUUGGGACUCCGUGACCCGACUGACCCCUGCUGGCCUGAGAAAUCUCAGGCGAGAGGAUUCAGGGCGACGAGAUGCUGUCCAAUGUGCGCCAGCCCCGAGCCAUCGGAGGCCUAACAGUUCCUUCCACUUCAACCUGCAGGUUCUGUCUGCCAGCUUACGAAAGUCCAGUAGAUUUUACAUAUUUGCGCCUUGCAUUUGGAUGCAUGCUGCGUGGCAUAAUUUGUUCUUCCCCAC